AUGCAAUUGGAUGACAUCGAGAAGCAUCUUCGAGCCAACGGUUGCGUGUGGAGCAGUGAACAGCUCAUCACAUCUUUGCAAAGCUCUGCCAAGAAUGGCGUUCCCCGCUACGUGUUUGAUGGGGAGCUCGUCCAAUUGGCCAAACGGCUUUCGUGGCGCCGAGAGCAAAAGGAAGCAUCAAAAGAACUUGCAAUGUUUUUGCAACAGGUCGAUUUUAACAGCUGCCCGUGGAACAUCGCCUUGGGCCUACGCAGCUUCAAAGGCAACAGUGAGUUGCUGAAGCAGGUCAUACGCGACCAGAACCACGCUGACGGCCGUCCGCGUUUCGAAGUGCGCAAGCUUCGUGGAUCAGAGUGGAUCUUUGCGACGGAGUCUGUCAGACGGUACAGCUGCCAGGAGAAGUUGCGCGAGCAAGCUUUCGAGGCCAUCCGUGCGCUGGACGCGGCGGUGCAAUCCAGGUCUUCGAAGCUGCUGGAGGAGUCCAAAGAUACAGCUGACAUUUCAAAACUUGGACAGUUGAUGCGAGAUUGGAUUUCUGGAGCCAGUUGGUUGACGUGCUUUGAUCACAGCACACUUGUGGAUGAGGUUCCUGGCAUCAUGACGCGGGUACACCUUUUUGACGGUACGGGCAUCGAAGUGAGAUUACACAUGUUUAUGGAUCCGACAGAGACCUACAUUCACAACCACCGCUCAAACUUCUUCAGCUACUGUCUCAGUGGGAGAUACUGGCACAAGAUUUGGGGCGUAGACGAAUGCUCGGAAGAAGGUGAGCGCUACUUCGUCGUCAAUCGCACGACAGAUCCCUUGUUCGAGCAGCCCUCCGACAAGCCGGGAAGCGUAAGCGUCAUCGCAGCUCACACGCACCAAGAGCGUUGCUCCUACUAUAUCAGGUCUGUGACUCCGCACACCGUCCAGCCGCAGAUGGAGGGAGAUCGGGCCACUCCUGUUCUCACCAUCUACAUCAAGGAUAAGGCUCCAGGUCCCGAUACCUUGGUCCGAGUUGCGAAGAUGGAGGAACUCACAAGUCUCCGAGAGCAGCAGCAAGAAGCUCAAGAUUGCCCUCUUCAGGGGCGCAAGAAGCUUGAGAGAUUGAGGGCAAUGCACAACCUCACACGACACGCGGACACGCUGAGGAAACGGCCCCCGCUGCGGGUGUGA